AUGCAGAACGACCUCCCACAUCAACAAGACCCCUCACCUCAUCCCGAUCCGGCCUCACCGACCUUCCCCUCUCUGCACCGGCGUCAUCAGCCCACCCGUCCUGCCGAGCCAUACAGGGAUACUAGUCCCUCUGGCUCAUCCCUUCGCCGACGCGCCGUGCCUCGGGAGGGAGAUAUCAUCCGGGUAGAUAUACGAUCGCCCUUCGGUGAUGGUGGAUCGAGGAUAAAGGAGGGCUUCCCUAUACAUCGGGCGACCACGAUCAGGGAGCUCAAAGAUGGGAUUGCGGAGGGACAAUAUGGGGAGCGAGCGAUCUGGAUACGCGAGGGCAUGCGGAUCGUGUGGCAAGGACGGAUAGUGAGGGAUGAGGAGGCGGUAGGAGACGUUGUGGCAAAUGGACGGAGCAGUGAGGUGGUACAUACGCUGCACUUGGUAGCGAGGAGACUAGGUGGAACACCUGCUAUUGGCAGGGUCGGGAGCGGGUACUUCAACCAAGCUCUACCGGUACCGACCGAGCCCAUGUCUCCCGUUGUGACGCCUCGACCGGUGGAGGUACCAGCGAUCGGCGCGGAGUCUCCUGCGCCAGAAGGGAAAGCUCUACUCGACAGUAUACACUACCUCCUCUUCACCGCACGACAUCACCUCUUCCACCUGCUCGGCCGAGAACCGCUUAAAUGGGCCGACACCGUACCUCCUCCACUCGUCGACCAGGCUAUUGCUCGAGAAGCCGUCAUGUCGGUCCUUCGCACGGUGGUCGACGCUCGCCCAGCAGAGGAAAGAAGGGUAUGGCGAGGCUGGGAAGAGGCAUUCGGCGAUGACCAUGACGCCGGUGUGGGCUGUUCGGGGGACAGGGAUGGGCUUGAGGAGGAGGUACGGUCAAUCUGGCGAGACCGGGUUGGACGGGUAUGGGAUAAGUCGGAUAAGGGUCAGAUAGUGGACGUCGAGAUCGAUCAAACCGUCUUCCAGCUGCAUUUACCGCAACUCAGCGUCCUGACCCCCUCUCAGCUCGCCCAUCUCCGUACAUACCUUCGAAUCACCGCUCUCCUACCGAUGCUCUACCCCUUCCUCCCUCAGCCCGUACCCGAAACACCCCAGCAUCUCCGGCCGACACCUACCAUCCCCCUCCCUGCACCUCGACCGACGUUUACUUCCACCCUCGCUACCGCGGUCACCUACAUCCCCCGGAUCCCAUUACCGGUACUCAGCCAUAUGUUCUUCUCGGCCGUCAAGCUGGUUGCGAUGCUGUGGAUGAUGACGCAAGGAAUGGCGUGGUCAGAUAGGCGGCUAUGGAUCAUAGGCGGAGCGGCGACGGGAUGGUGGGUCGCAGAUGGGUGGCAGAGGUAUAUACGGGAACGGCCGCGGGUGCCUCCGCAGAUCCCGGUCCAGGAUGGCGCGGGUCCAGGUCAGAAUGAUGGCCCAGGCGUACCUGCUCAAGGGGCCGCCGCUGUGAACCCUCCUGGUGCUCCAGCUGUCCCAGCGGUCGGAUCGGCAAGACUAGCGCCCCACCUCGCUAUUCCCCUCAUCCACCUAUCGACCGAUACCGCCCAACUUCGGCUUAUCAGCGAUACCAUGAACCCCACGCGCCAGGUCGAGCUCGCUCAGACACCUGCACCUCCGCUAUCCCGCCCACCUUGGAUCGUCACCCAGCUCCUCCUUCCUAUUUCACUCUGGUUCAUCACUCUCAUCCCUGAGUUUGAGGCCAUUCGGACGCGUGCUAUCCGGCGUCGUGAGCGGUCUAUGCGGGUCCUCGUAGGCGAGCUCAACGCUGCUCCGCCCGUCGCGCCUGAGACGGACGCGGCGGGUACAGGAGCGGAGGGCGAAGAGACCGCAGCGGAGGGCGAAGAGACAGCAGCGGAGGGCGAAGAGACAGCAGCGGCGGAGGGGGCGCCGCCCCCGGCCGAGCUGAUUCUGCCGCAGGGCUUGAACGAGGUGGCUCGGAAGUAUUACCUCCGGACGAUGGAGCGCGGGGAGGGAAUUGACUGGGAAGAGGAGAGAGAGGCUCAGCGGGCGAUGGGGAUUGGGCGGGAGGAGGAGGAUGCAGGAGGGGGAUUCCUGGGUAUGUUCUGA